AUGUCAUCGAUGCGAAAUGCCGUUCAGCGGCGCAAUCACAAAGAGCGCGCGCAGCCCCUCGAGCGCGAGAAAUGGGGUCUGCUCGAAAAGCGCAAAGACUACAAGCUGCGCGCCGCCGACCACCGAGAGAAGAAGGCCAAGCUCAAGAUCUUGAGCCAGAAGGCUCGCGACCGCAAUCCCGAUGAGUUCUCAUUCAAGAUGAUGUCGUCCCAGGUGGACAAGAAUGGUCGCAAAGUGGCAGACCGGGGCAACAAGGCCUUGAGCGUCGACGUGGUCAAGCUGCUGAAAACUCAGGACGCGGGCUACAUCCGCACCAUGCUCCAGGUCACCCGGAAAGAGCGCGAGGAACUAGAGAAGAAGCUGGUCAUGGAGGAGCAGGGCGAGGUCCGGGCUAUGAAGGACGGAGAAGAGGCAAAGCAUGGCAAACAUAGGGUCUUUGUGGAGAAUGAGGAGGAGCAGGAAGAAUUCGAUCCGGAUGCAUGGUUUGGGCGUGGAGAAAAGAUUCCAAGCCGAGUAGAUUCACCAACAUUUGGCGAUCUCCAAGACGAAUCGGAGGAGGACGAGGAGCAAACUAUACAGCGGCCCAAGACACUGUCCAAGAAGCAGGCAGAGGCAGAGGAGCAGGCGCGGCGAGAAGCCAGGAAGUUCCGCAAAGACAGGGAGCGUGCGCUGGAAAGGACAGCCUCGAAACUGCAAGGGAUCAAGAAACGAGAACGUGAAUUGAUGGCGGCAGAAGAGGAGCUGGAGCUGCAGCGCGCAAAAAUGAAUAACACAGUGGGAGGAGUCAACAAGAACGGCGUCAAGUUCAAGGUCCGCGAGCGCAAGCGUUGA